AUGGGCCCUCUGACUUCCAGCUAUGUGUUGUGCGGCUCCCGCGAAGCGAAUGAAGGGAAGCUCUUCGAGCUUACGCUUACUCUCAGCCUCUUUGAUUGGCCGACUACUAGACUACUAGAGGCGAGCAGUAUAAGCCCUUCUCUGGCCUGGGAAAAGCAGCGAACUCUAGAAGCUAGGGCGUCGGGGGAAGCUACCGCUUAUACGACAGCUCUGCUUCCUCGUCUUGCUUCUGGCAAAGCUUCUACUUUGCUUGCGCGAAGGCUUAUUAAGUCCUUUUCGCUAGCACAGCGCCCAUUCGCUUCGCGCGCGGGAAGGCUACGAAGUUCAGUUCAUGAGACCGCGGCGGAGUGGAGCAGCCGCGACACGAAGUUCCUUACCUUAGCUGGAUCUCGCUGGUGCCACCUAAACGGUAAGUAG